GUGGUCCACUGGCGGACUUGCCCGGACAUGCCGACUGCGCUUUAGUAGACUUUGCUUCCGGGAUUGACACGUGGGAAGCCGGCUGGUGGAGGAUGCAUUCUAGCAGCAAACAUCUCCUAGGAGGGAUGCAGCCAGCAAAAAGGGACCAGGAAGAAGGGACUAGUUUAGGGGUAGAUGACCAGCUUCUCAAAUGCCCCCGCCAUAAAUGGGAUCCGGGCCAGUCUCUCAAUAAAGCUUCCCCAUGUGCUGAAGCUGGUCGACAGAAUAGAAGAAAGUCCAGAAAACACCAGCGUUGUAUGGCACGCAGAAUGCUGGAAUGGAAGGAGGUGCUGAGGCACACAUUGGAGGAAGAGACCCUGAGCAUGGCAUUGGACUCCUCCAAGACCUGCAGAAUACAAGGCCAGGAAGUCAGCCAAUUGACCAAGGAGGAGAGAGAGAAGGAACUUCAUACACUCUGUCCAGCAAUGUCAGUUCCAUCAGCAGGAACAACCAAGCAAUAUUCAUCUUCCCAACACCUUAUAAAUGCGGUAUCCUUUCCCUGCAGCUCUGCUGCAGAUGCAAAUUCUUUCUGUUAUCUGAAAUGCAAGUCUAAGAAGCCAGUGGCCAUAGACUGCGAAAUGGUGGGCACAGGUCCUGGUGGGAAAGUGAGUGAGUUGGCUCGGUGUUCAGUGGUGAACUACGAUGGUGAUGUGAUCUAUGACAAGUACAUCCAGCCACAGCUUCCAGUUGUGGAUUAUAGGACUCGCUGGAGUGGGAUCACCCGGCGGCACUUGGAGAAGGCAACUCCUUUUGUGACGGCACGGGCAGAGAUCCUGCAGAUUUUAAAAGACAAAAUUGUGGUGGGACAUGCCAUUCACAACGACUUCCGAGCCCUGAAGUAUUUCCAUCCCCAAGAAUGGACACGUGACACUAGCCGGAGCCCUCUCCGGAAAGGGAAAGGGGGGCUGCUGCUGAAAACUGGUGUCUCUCUCAAGAGCUUAGCUAAGAAGUUUCUACAUAAACAGAUUCAGGUGAGCAGAGAGGGGCACUCAUCAGUAGAAGAUGCUCAGACCUCUAUGGAACUCUACAGAUUGGUGGAGAUGCAGUGGGAGAAGGACAUGACUGGCCAACUCUCCACAAGUCCUUCCAGCAGCCCUCUAGAUAAUUGCACUGAUAAUGACCACUACAUGGACGAUCAGUAUUGGCCUGAGGAUCUCAACUUGGACUGCAAAUGAAGGCGCCCUCUUGAGGGAAGAGCUUGCUUUGGUGCUUAAGAGAGACCUGUUUAAAACUCUGCUCUGGACAGUUGCUUUGGGAGCUGUGGAUUAAGCUUCAGGACUUGGUUCUCAUAAGCUUGGUACCACUGUAGUCAUUUUGAGAGGAUAGAUAGAUUUGAUCCUGACAAUAUUCCAGCUCCCUCUGGCUAGAGUAGCCCAAGCUAGCCAGGUCUCCAAAACGAAGCAGGGUUGGCCCUGGUUAGUACUUGGAUGGGAGACCUCCAAGGGAUACCAGGGUUGUGGUGUGGAGGCAGGCAGUGGCCAACUACCUCUGAUAGUCUCUUGCUUUGGAAACCUUACAGGGUUGCCAACAGUCAGCUGUGACUAGCACUUUCCACCACGUCGUAUUGCAUUGUUCAUUGAGUGUCUUCUCCUAUCAAUUGUAUGGACUCGCUCUUGUGAAAUCUGCCUCCGAUCCAAGUAAAAACAGCGGACAAUAAAUAAACAAAUACUAUCUGAA